GCUGACCGUUCAGGGCCAGGUAACGGCUGCCCAGGCGAGUCCGCGGUGCCGCCGCCGCCGCCGCCGGCAUGGGCUGCGCCCCGAGCGUCCACAUUUCCUCCGAGGCCCCGGGCUCCUACCUGGGCGGCCAGGAGGCCAAGGGCGUGCAGGAGCCCUGGGCGCGGCCGGAGAGCGCCGGCGCCCUGCCCCCCGCCUUCCCCGCGGACCCCGGCCUGCCCCCCGGCCAGACACCCCUGUCGGAAGUGCAGUUCGGCCCCAUGAGGUUCCGCACGGACCAGCUGCAGGUGCUGCUGGCCUUCGGCAAGAAGGACAGCCAGUGCAAGGCCUUCCGCCGGGCCUGCGAGGAGGCGGGCUUCAGGUGCACGCUGACCACGGAGAUGAAGGCCGUCCUGGCCGCCUUCCUGUCGGCCAACCACGACAUCGUCAUCCUGGACCACAGGAGCCCCCGGCAGCUGGACGCGUGGGCGCUGUGCAGGGCCAUUCGGGCGUCCAAGGUGUCGGAGAACACGGUCAUCGUCGGCGUGCUGCGCCGGCGGGACAGGGAGCGGCCCGUGCUGCCCCUCCUCGCGGCCGGCUUCACCCGGCUCUUCGUGGAGAACCCCAGCCUCAUGGCCUGCUACACCGAGCUGCUGCAGCUGCAGUUUGGGGAGGUGCGGUCCCAGCUGAAGCUCAGGGCCUGCAACUCCAUCUUCACGGCCCUGGAGAAGGCCCAGGACGCCAUCGAGAUCACGGGCGAGGACCACCUGGUGCAGUACGCCAACCCGGCCUUUGAGACCACCGUGGGCUGUGAGUCGCGGGAGCUGAUCGGGAAGGAGUUAGAAAAGCUGCCCACCGCCCAGAAGCCUGAGCUGCUGAAUACGAUAAACUCGUGCAUCAAGACGGGCAGGGCGUGGCAGGGGCUGUACUGCGUCAAGAACGGAGACCAGCAGCAGCAGGACGUGAAGGUCAUCCCGGUCAGCGGGCAGGGCGGGAAGAUCAGACACUACGUGUCCAUCAUCAGGCUGAGCGAUGGGAACGGGGAGGCCGAGAAGGCGCCCCCGAGCAUGCAGUCGGACUCGAACACAGACAUCCAGGCGGCGAAGCUGAGGGAGAGGAGGAAGAGCUCUGCGGGCAGCAGGAGCGCGGGCUCCCGGGCGAGCGUGGCCGGCCAGAGGCGCCACUCGCUGGCCCGUAUCUCGGCCGUGGACAUGGAGGCGCCCAUCACCAAGGUGAUCAACAUCAUCAGGGCCGCCCAGGAGGAGAGCUCGGAGCCCGUGUCAGAGGCCCUGGACUGGGCGCUGGAGAUCCUGAGAACCACGGAGCUGUAUUCCCCGCAGUUCGAGGCCAAGGACGAGGACCCUCACGUCAACGACCUCCUCGGGGGCCUGCUCUCCGACGGUCUGCGGAGGCUCCCGGGGAACGAGUGCGUUCUUGCGGCCAGAAGCCUCGCUCGGGUGGCCAGCAGCAUCCCCGCCACCAUGUCCCUCCAGGACGACGUGCCGCCGCAGAUCGCCGAGGCGCUGGAGAACGAGGACUCCUGGGACUUCGACAUCUUUGAGCUGGAGGCUGCCACGCAGAAGCGGGCCCUGAGCUACCUGGCUAUGAAGAUCUUCGCCCGCUUCGGCAUCUGUGAGCUCCUCAAGUGCCCGGAGGCCACGCUGAGGCUGUGGCUGCAGGUCGUCGAGGCCACGUACCACGCCUCCAACCCCUACCACAACUCCAGCCACGCCGCCGACGUGCUCCAGGCCACCACCUACUUCCUGUCCCAGGAGCGGGUGAAGCGCGUCCUGGACUCGGUGGACGAGGCCGCCGCCCUCAUCGCCGCCGCGGUCCACGACCUGGACCACCCGGGGAGGACCAGCUCGUUCCUGUGCAACGCUGGCAGCGAGCUGGCCGUGCUGUACAACGACAUGGCCGUGCUGGAGAGCCACCAUGCCAGCAUGGCCUUCCAGCUGACCCUCCGGGACGACAAGAGCAACAUCUUCAAGAACCUGGAGCGGAGCGUGUACCGGACGCUGCGCCAGACCAUCAUCGACAUGGUCUUGGCCACGGAGAUGACCAAGCACUUCGAGCACGUCAACAAGUUCGUCAACAGCGUCGUCAAGCCCCUGACGGAGCUGGAGGAGCGCGAGGAGACGGAGGCGGUGCGGGCGGACAUCAGCGCGAUGCUCAGGGUGCCGGAGAAUCGGUCCAUGGUCAAGCGCAUGAUGAUCAAGUGCGCCGACGUGUCCAACCCCUGCCGGCCGCUGCAGCAGUGCAUCCAGUGGGCCGAGCGCAUCUCGGAGGAGUAUUUCUGCCAGACCGAGGAGGAGAAGCGGCGCAACUUGCCUGUGGUGAUGCCCGCUUUCGACAGAAGCACCUGCAGCAUCCCCAAGGCCCAGAUGUCCUUCAUCAACUACUUCCUCAUCGACAUGUACGACGCGUGGGACAACUUUGUGGACCUGCCUGUGCUGCUGCACCACCUGGACAACAACUUUAGGUACUGGAAGGAAUUGGACGACAUGAGCGUGCGGGGCCUCCGCCCGCCCCCCUCCUAGGCCCGGGAAGGGCCC